AUGAUACAAUAUAUCGUAGAUGCGUUUGCUGAACAACUAUUCGAAGGAAACCCUGCAGCAAUUUGUGUACUGGACCACUGGAUUGAAGAUGAUCUCAUGCUGAAAAUAGCGCAAGAAAACAAUCUUUCUGAUACGGCCUUUACUGUCAAAGAAAAGAAUGGCUACCGUUUACGGUGGUUCACUCCUGGCGGAGAAAUCGAUUUAUGUGGUCAUGCCACACUUGCUACCGCUUUUGUAAUAAUGAACUAUGUGGAUAAAACACUGUCUAAUAUUACGUUUCAAACAUUGAGCGGCGAAUUAAUUGUCAAGAAAAAUCAGGAUUUAUACGAGAUACAAUUUCCAAGCUAUUCUUUAAUAUCUAUAGAAGUUACUAAAGACAUGGAAAAAGCCAUCGGUUUUCGCCCUCUGGAAGCUUGGAUGGGCCGUGAUUUGGUUUGUGUACUACAAAAUGAAGAGCAAGUAGAGUCUGCUACACCAGACUUACAAAAAACGAAAGAACUGCCUGGCAUGCUGCUGCACGUGACAGCUCCAAGUGCUGUUUUUGAUUGUGUUAGCAGAAGUUUCGCUCCUAAAUUCAACAUUCCUGAAGACCCAGUCUGUGGAUCUGGGCAUUGUCACAUUGCACCUCUUUGGGCACAAAAAUUAAAGAAAGACAUAAUUAUCGCUCGUCAAGCUUCACGACGUGGUGGUACACUUCAGUGCAAAAUAAAGAACGACCAAGUAGAACUAGCCGGAAAGGCGGCUUUGUUCUCUAUUGGUCAGUUAUUUAUUUCUGUCUAAUAAUCUAUGGUCGGAAAAAGGUAUUCCACAUACAUAGAUAGGUACAUGUAUUAGAUAUAGCUAAUACGAAUGAUACAGAGUUG